AUGCUUUCGUCCGCCACUUCCGCCUUAUUGGGUCAUCGGAGUCCGGAGCCAGGCUGGUUCGCUCGCCGUGCUCGCUCUGUGCCGAUGGACUGUUCUCUGGGAUCCAGGCCCCAUGCCGUCUCCGUCCGCGCUCGCCUCUCCAGCAGCUUCUCUCGUUCCAGGGACCAGCACGCUUGUUCCAGGAGGACCAAGCAUUCCAUCUUCUCGCCUCAGCCCCCACCCGCCCGCCCUCCGUUCCGGCUUCGAUCCUCCAGUCAUUCCUCCGCCUCCCCCUUCGACCUAAAAUACCUCCACCUCAUCAACACGACUGCUGCUAGCCGGGUGCCUUUUCAUUUAAAGCUCUCGCACCUUCCUCCGUCCUUUGCCACCCUUAACACUCCAAAACUUCCUCUGAUAAUCGUCUCAUUCCCAGUCGCCUUCGAUUCGAUCGCAAGCUGGGUUCCCCCACCCAUUCGGCUUGCCUUGGAUUCGCUAAUCUUGCUCUUCAACACAAACCUUCCGUGCGUCAAGCUCGAACUGAAGGUUUGCAGUCCACAGUAA